AGAACACCGAGCAGGCGAGUGACAGCAGCGCGGAGCUGAAGAGCUGAAGUCAGUACAGAAGUGAAUCACCCAGACGGGCUGGACGAGCAGUAAUAUCUGCUCACUGUACACUUCAGCCGGCACGCCUCGGAACUUUGUCUCAACUUGUGAGAUAAGGAUGGGACAGUGAGCCUGUUGCUGGCAGCUGUAUCGGUCCUGCAUCGACCCUGCAUCGACCCAGAGACCCAGAGAGCUGAGCCAGCCAGUCCGGCAGGUGGUCCACUACCCGGCCAGGAUGGGGGACAGAGACCCGUCCACACCCCCCGCCUUUCAGCCAGAGGGCUUCAGUCCGCCCUACAGGAGGAAGAGGACCGUCGAGGAUUUUAACAAGUUUUGCACUUUUGUCUUGGCAUAUGCUGGUUACAUCCCCUAUCCGCAGGAGGACUCUCCACUGCGGAGUAGCUCGAGUCCCCCCAACAGCACAGGCAGCACAGCUGACAGUGAUGGCUGGACCCCAGGACCCCCAACCUCCUGUCCCCAGCGUUCCACAAAGAUCCCAAAAGACAUGAACCGGAAACGUCCACAGCCAGGAUCCGUGCUGUCCACUCAUACCAAGAGAGAUCACACAAUCACCAACAUGCAUCCUGAUGAACACAGGAAAGCUGACAAGCUAAAGAAAAAGAAGAGGAGAAAGGAAAGUGAGCAUCAGCCUGGUGGUGAAAGCAGAGCACCGCAGAUCCAUCUACCUGGACCAGAUGUGCAGUCUCCUCUUUCCUUUGGUGGCCGAAUAAUCAAAGAAGAGCCUGAAGAUGAUCUCAGCAUUCCCCUCCACCCACAGUGCCUGCCCGGCCCUUCAUCUUGCAAGGAGGAGCCCAAGGAGGAACAUCAACACGGGGAUGGUCAAGAAGACCUUGAAGAAGGGGCGAUGAAGGUACAGAACGUGGAGGGCUUUGCAGGAAGUAGAACCGUGUUCCGCCAGGGGAAACAAGUGGUCUUUAGAGAUGAAGAUGGGUCAGGAGAGGAUGAAGACAUAAUGGUGGACUCAGAUGACGACUCGUGGGACCUGGUGACAUGUUUCUGUAUGAAGCCUUUUGCGGGCAGAGCCAUGAUCGAAUGUAACAAGUGCAACACCUGGAUCCACUUGUCGUGUGCCAAGAUCCGCAAGAGCCAUGUGCCAGAGACAUACGUGUGCCAGAGCUGCAGAGACAUACAUGGGCCCCCGGAUUCCCGUCGCUCCGAUCGCUCUCGUGUAGGCUCACGCAAACAUCUGUUAGACUGACCCCCAUCCCAAACCUCGAACUUUGACUCCCUUUGCUCCCGUUAAUCCUCGUCUUGUUGGACUAACACUUUCUCAAAAUCAGGUCUCACACCCUUCAGUCUCUGUCCAUAAUGGUCAGCCACAAAUCUGCAUUUUCUAUGGACACUUUUGGACCUAUGCUAAGUCCUUAUACCAUUUAAAAACAGUUCGAGUGCUGUUUUAGAUUUACUACAGUUUGUUUCUGCUUACUACAGACUAUAUGCGUAAGGCAAUCACUGAACAGAUAUCUGUAGAUGAUGGCGUAGCAGGAAACUGCUACUGUUGAGACACGGUGUCUCAUGAACACUGGAAACAUUUGAACUUCCAAACGAAGAGGAUACCCUCACGACUGCCACCCACCACGGUGCAUGCUGGGAUAUGUCAUAUGUGGGAAAGAUGGUUUGCACUUUUUCCUCACUUUUUCUUUUUUUUUUAUAAAGUCUUUCUGACUUUUUGUCACAGAUACAUGCAUGUCUUUUGGAUUAAACUGGAUUUGACUUCUCUAGGAUGCCUCUGUUAAUGUUACAUAAUUAACCAUUUAAAAUAAGAACUCAAAGCCUUGUGUCAAUUGCUUAAGAUGGUGCUAUAGUAUUAAGAUGAGGUAUAAUCCAGUAGAACAAAGACAUUAAGAUAUAAAACUAGUGUUUGCAUCUGCUUCAUCUGUCAUUUGUUCUUGUUUUUUAAUGUUAUUUAAUACAUGAAGCUAUAAUCCCAUUCAUCUGAAUGCAAGCUCCCUUCUUCUUCAUCCCUCAGCCAUGUUCGUUGAAUCAAGUCGACUAUACAGAAUCUUGACAAGAUUGAAGUGUAUCAACAUUGACAAGAACUAGAUGAGAAAGUUUUCAGUGCCAGUGCCCUUUAGUUGUCUCUGGUCAGUAUGAUGCUGCAGCAUUUCAUGACAGGAUUGAGCAGUGGGUUUGUUAAGCAAAUUUUCGAAUCACCCACACCCAGCUCUCCCAAAAAAACUUCAAUUAUGUUUCCAAUCGCUACCCAUUUGACGAUGGUGAUAUUUUCCGUGACAAAUUUACUUUGGAAAGGAAACUCAAAGGCCGUCCUGUUUGAAUAUUAACAGAGGGCUUAAAAAAAAAAAACCUGUAGCAGUGUUGCAAAAGAGAUUUUUUUUUUUUAAGAGUCCAGGUGAAAAUACGCAUGCAAGUGUUUUUGAUUUGAAUGAGUGUGUUGGCGAGGCAUGUCAUCUCAUCUGACCUCAGUGGUUUUUCAAAAUAGAAAAGUGGAUAUCUGCAAAUGUGGGAACACUCGUUUAUUUGGUCUGAAGGGGCAAAUCAGCAGAGCAGAUCUAAGUAGUUUACCACCUCACUUUCAUAGAAGUAUUCAUUUCCAUAUGAAGUUGGGUAAAUGUAAAAUGUUUCAGGACAUUUUUCUUUUUCUUGCUCCUCUUUGGAUCCAAAAAACUAUAUUAUUGUUGUGCCAACUGCUGUUGGGCCUGUUUCUAUAGGCUACACAUCGUUUCUGAGUAUAUGAAAGCCAUACUGUAGCGUUACAGAUUUCAGAUGCAGAGCCUUGGAUGUUAGUUCAGGAUAAUGGUUUUACAAUGCAGAAUCGAUGACUUGACCAAGUAACGACUGAUGUUUGGUUUGUUAAGGAACACAAGAUUUUCCAACAGUCUAAAAAAGUUAUCCUGCAUCCUUUAAUUUAAAAAUGUUAACUUGUUUGUGACAGCAAUCAAUAAGGUUAUGUUUUGAAGAUGUUUCAAGAUGCACACACACAAAAAAGCUCUCAGGACAUGUUUGUCUUAAAGAGAAUAUGAAAAUAUCUUAGGCACAAAUAUUUUUAUUUCUGUCUGCGUUUUAAAGAUACGACUGUAAUUAACGGUAAUGCUCAUUGUGAGAUAGCUAGUCUAUUCCGAUCCUGGGUCGUCCUACUCCCAUACUGAGAAAGCGUUGUCUGUAUUGUGGUGCAAACUGUUUCUGUGAAACUAUUGUAAACUAUUGUAAAUAAAGAGU